CGUAUUCGGUUACUCUUAUACUCAGCAAGAACAUGUUUAGAUCCGCCGUAUCAUCUCAAGAAGUGAGUUCUUUGUAUCAGCUUCAACGUUUGGAUCUUUCAUUCAACACAUUCGUUGGUCCCUUUCCUACUUGCUUGAUGUCUCUCCCAGCUAUUACUUACUUGAACAUUUCACACAACAAACUCACCGGGCGGCUUUCGACAAAUCUCUCUUGCAACUCACAGCUGAUCUCUGUUGAUCUAUCAUCAAAUCUUCUUACCGGAAGCUUGCCUGAUUGUCUUAAACCGAGCUCAAAAACUAGCAGAGAUGUUGUCUAUGGAGGUAACUGUCUGGCUACUGAAAAUGAAGACCAGCGUCCAGUUUCAUUUUGUAGCAAUGAAGCUCUUGCUGUUGGGAUCUUACCACAGAGGAGGAAAAGAGUUUCCAAGUUAGGUAUUGCCUUAGGUGUAACAGGAGGCGUCCUAGGGUUGUUUCUCCUCGCUGGUGCAGUGUUUUUAGUGCUUAGGAGAGUUAGUGCUAAGAGGAAAGCAACAGAAGCUUCUCCAAGAUUGAUCAAAGAGAAUGUUUCAAUGGGAUACACAUCAAAACUACUCUCAGAUGCAAGGUAUAUCUCUCAAACAAUGAAGCUAGGAGCGCUUGGUCUUCCAGCUUACAGGACAUUCUCACUGGAAGAGCUUGAGUAUGCUACAAACAACUUUGAAUCAUCUGCUUUCAUGGGUGAAGGUUAUCAAGGACAGAUUUAUAGAGGGAGGUUGAAGGAUGGAUCAUUUGUGGCGAUUAGAUGUUUGAAAAUGAAGAAAAGUUGCAGCACUCAAAACCUGAUGCAUCACAUAGAGCUCAUUGCUAAGCUGAGGCACCGUCACUUGGUCAGUGUGCUAGGGCAUUGCUUUGAGUGCUACUUAGAUGAUUCAACCGUCAGUAGAAUGUUCUUUGUCUUUGAGUAUGUCCCAAAUGGUGAACUCAGGAGCUGGAUCUCUGAUGGGAAUGUGGGAAGAUUGCUUACUUGGGAGCAACGCAUAAGUGUAGCGAUUGGUGUAGCAAAAGGGAUCCAGUUCUUGCAUACUGGUAUUGUCCCUGGUGUUUAUGAUAACAACCUGAGGAUAACAGAUGUUUUGCUUGACAAUAAUCUUGCUGCAAAAAUCAGUAGCUAUAACCUUCCUUUAUUUGUGGAAGGUCUUGGAAAGGUGGGACAAGUUGUAUCAAGAAAAGGAACUCCAAGCAUCAAAGAUGAAGAUAAAGUAGAUAUCUAUGACUUUGGAGUGAUCUUGCUUGAACUUAUAGUGGGAAGACCAUUGAGAGGAAAGGGUCAAGUAGAUGUUCUAAAAGAGCAGUUACAAGCAAGCAUCUCAACGGAUGAUGGAGCGCGUAGGAGCAUGGUGGAUCCAACGGUCCACAGAACAUGUUCAGACCAAUCACUCAAGACAAUGAUGGAGAUAUGCGUAAGGUGCCUCCUCAAAGACCCUCUAGAACGGCCUUCCAUUGAAGAUGUUCUUUGGAAUCUUCAGUUUGCUUCUCAAGUCCAAGAAGGUUGGCUACAUAACAGCAAUCCUCCGAGCAUUCGCGGCUCGCCUUCUCCUGCAGCUUCCUCUCGUUUGCACAUAACAACACUCGAAUCACCACGAGACUCAGGAUAUGAAGAGCAUGAGAGGUAGAGGAGACAAUGAGUUUUUGUUUGGUCUAUUGAGAGAGGAACCUAACUUGCAUCUAUAUCUAUUAGACAAUCAUAGUUUCCUGUUUUCAAAAUAUUCUCUGUUGUUGCUGCUAAUGAUCAAAGCUGUUAAUAGUACAUUAGUACUUACUCAACAACCAAUAAUCUGUCA